UUAAUGCCGCGUUUAAAACGUCAGCGAUCUUCAGGUCGGAAAGUCGGAGCUCUAGAAAUAGUUGGAAUACCGAGUUGGAUAACCUUUCAAAUAGAUUUUUCCCAGUCCGAGCAGUUUUUUCCCCUCGAGAACCCAGUUGUUUGGAACUUACUUGAGUCAGAAGUAGGAGCUUUUCGAUUACCCAGUUGUUCUGAACGCAGCAUCAGUCCACUUUCCUCCCACCCCCCAACAAGUGUGUCUUUCAUCCUAACAAGAGCCAUUUUCUACGCAACUUGGCCAUACUUGGCAUCCUGGGAGUGGCGGUUGAUUCAAUAUGGCGGCAGCAAAGGAAGGAAAUGACAACUCAGUAUUUUGGGGGGCUAAUGACAGUAUCCUUUUACAUGGUGUCCAUAAAAGACAGCCCCCCGUAUAGGAAACGUUUUGAAGUCGAAAUUGUCAGUAUGCUUUCGAUGACGCAUCAGAUGAAGACCAACCUGUGGUGUUAAUUCCGGGAGUCAGCAGAGAGGGACACUUGCGGACAGCCUUUAAGUCAGUAUCAGGCACCAGCAGCAGUGAGAGAAAGGUGAAGAUGAGGGCCAAUUAUAGCAGUGAGAUCCGAAGAGGGGCUCCUCUGAGCCGGGGCAAUAAGAAGCAAGGCCAGCGUCUUUCCCUGUCCUCGAUGGGUAGAGGGCAGCUCCAGGCCACCCCUGCACCUACAGUCCCACCCCCCAACCCAGCCACCCAGCAGCAUCUCCUCACCACCCCACAGGCGAUCUCUGAGGUGACCCAGGCUACGAACAGGACCUCUCUGAAGGACCUCUGUCCCCAGGAUAAGCGGCGCAUCGCCAACCUCAUCCAGGAGCUGGCCAGAGUGAGUGAAGAGAAGGAGUCGUCGGUACAGAGGCUGAGGGACGAACAGGAGACCUUUGAGCGCAAAAUCCUACAGCUUGAGCAGCAGAACCAGCUCAUUGUACAGGAGAGAGAGAGCCUACAGCAGCAGUAUCGGGAGUGUCAGGAGCUGCUUGGGCUCUACCAGCAGUACCUCUCUCAGCAGCAGGAGAAACUCAACCAGUCCAUUGCCCAGCUCAGCCACAUCCGCAGCUCCCACUAUAACUCCCAAAGCAAGGCCCCCAGCAGUGAGGGAGCCUCCACCAAGCUUAGCAGGGGAGAGAGGGCCACAGCCUUGGACGGCUCCUACCUAGACCUGCCCACUCUUGGAGGAAUGGGGACAAACAGAGGAGGAAGAGGAGCGGGAGGAAGAGUCUCAUCCCUGAGUCCUGCCUCUCUCUCGGGCGACCUUCACUCAGACACCCCCCCUCCCUAUUCCUCCAGCGACCAAUCCCAGGGACCAAUGAAACCACUGGGCUGCCGAGGAGGGACCCAUAGCGAGCUUCGUCUAGCGUCCCAACGCAGCAGACAGGAAAGUCUGGUCAACGGAAGGUUCCCCCAUAGGGGGGCCACAGAAGCCCCUCUACUGGGCAACACCAGCCCGCUGCUCCACAACGGCCCUGGUGAACUACUCAAAGACAGCAGAGGUCUACUUGGACCUGGAGGGUUACUACCCGGAGAAGAUCCAUCGGGGGAGGGAGUAGAGGCAGAGGGGGCCCUCACAGCACCCCUCCUGGGCCCGGAGGACUGGGAGGAGAGGAGGCACCAGCUGUUCCUGCAGAAGCUGCAGCUGGAGGUGGAGAGAGAGCGGCUGCAGGCACGGCUGGCCCAGCAGGAGGAGCGUCUGAUCAGACAGAACCAGCAUCUCCGACACACACGCCUGGACUACAGCAGGUUCCAGCAAGCCACUUUAGACGAACUCAGCCACUCAAUGUCCAGAAAUGGGACCGAUCCUUUACCCAACAGCCGUGCACUACUCAGUGAGAUGAGAGGGUGUGACGAUGCAGAGGACUUGGCAGCGGAGCAAGAAGUACCUCCACACAAAGACAAUACUGCACACAUCCCCCUGCAAAACUCCAUACACUCCCCUAAGCCCUGUCAUAACAAGUCCAGGAGGGAUGUAGCCACCUCUCCUGUGGUGCCCCAGAGCAUUCUCAAAGCCACCCCAGCACCGGUGAUGUCCCCCACUCUACCUAGGACCCCCCACGCUAGGCUGGACUCCUCAUUGAUUGAGUUGUUGGAGGUCUUCAGUCCCAUCUCUCUGCCCGAGCGAAACAGCCCCUCCGCCUAUCGAGGCAACCCUACCCGAUGCCAGCCCCCCCCCAGUGUCCCCAAACCAGCCCGCCAAGCUCUCCUCUCCCACCCUGGCCCUUACCGGACCCCCCAACAGGACCUGGAGGAGAGCCAGAUACUUGAAGAGAUUUUCUUCAUCUGCUGAUUCAGGGGUCCGGAGGAAGUUACCCUGAGGGGGACAAAAUUACAAUUCUUAAUAAUUUACUUGAUAUUUACCAUUGGCUCCUAAAUUGAGGUCAGUGCCUUCUGUUUGUUUUGGUUUGAAAAGUCCUUAUAAGACCAUCAUGAUUUAGGUAAUUGUACGAUUGUAUUUUUAUAAUGCAAUUUUUUAAAUAUUAAAUGUAAAUAAAUGUAAAGAAUUUUGUGUA